AUCGACAAAGCCUACCGACCUAUCUACUGGGUCUUGCCCGCUGGGCUGACCGCCCGCUACCUCAGGAUGGCCACUGCAAACACAGACACAGGCACACCAUCGACCAACGCAACCCACACCCCAUGGCUUGGUGCCUGGUCUCUCACCUGUGCACGGCUGACCGCCAGCUACAUCCGGUUGGCCGCUGCAAACACACACCGGCACACCCUCAGCCAACAUUCCAUGCCAACCGAUGGAUCGGUGCCUGGCCUCUUACCUGCUGUCGAGCCAAUAUCGUGGAAGGGUAACCUUGGGCGACGCCCGGCCUCAUGCUCGCGCCAGAACUGCUGCUCUCCCCCGCACAUCGACAGGAAGCUCGAGAACUCGCUGUCAGCGUACUCCCACACAGCCGUGUCCUCAAAGCCCGCGCGGCGCGUGACGGUGUCGGCGACCUCUCUCCACUCGACGAUCUCGUAGCUCCUGCGGUCGCGGGAUGAGCUGUCGGCCGCCUGAACCGCCCACCAGCCGUGCACACGCGUCGACUCGCCCGUCGGCAGGGCGCUGGUCUUGGGCAUGAUGAAAACGAGGGACUUGCCGGCAUGCGGGCCCUGGUGCACGAGGCCGAAACACAGGAUGGCCGCCUGACUCAGAUCAACACACGGAGGCGGAUGCAACGGACCGGCCCGCAGGCGGCGAUACAGCUGCAUCUGCUGAUGGAGCUCGUGCUGCUGCUCCGCCCAAGUCGGGGUGGGCGUCCUGGUGCUGGAGCCAGACAUCCUUUCUCUCUCGUCUGCGAGCUUCCCACCUGAGUGCGAGGCUUUUGGCCAGAGUGCCAGAUUGGAGGGAUAGGAUAUGAUGCCAU